AUGUCUUGCGCCCAGUCGUCUGAGGAGAACCCCGACAGGGGCUGGCGCCAAGUGGGCCUUCCGGCUGAAGAUGGGCCAACGAAGGACUUGCAUCUCUUCCCCAUGGUGCAGGUCGGCGACAAGACCUACUUGCAUGGGGGUGUACAGGAGGUAAAGCAGUCGGGCCAACCAAAUGUAUUAGUGCAAGCGCAUCCCGCGAACGUCUGGCCAUCUCUGUCUUGGAGCAAAAUCGAGUAUCCGGAGAGUCGAAAGAACGGAGGUUUCAACCAGUAUGGCCACGUCCUCGUGUGGACAGGCGAGUACUUCCUUGCCUAUGGAGGAGCGAGGGGAAGAUCAAGUCGCGGAACAGGCGAGAGAUAUGCCCUGGUGCGCUGGGACCUCGCAGGUGAGUCACUCACACAGACCAGGCUGCCCGGAGACGUGGACGAGAGGACGGGAACGUGGCCGCUUCAUCGCGCCUUCAUGGCUGGUGUUUGGGACACAGCCAACAAGGUGAUGUUGAUCUUCGGUGGGGCACUGACGCUUGAAUCCGAAAUCAGGGUUACAGAUGAUCGGCAGGUGGAUGAGCUGUGGGAGUAUGACCCGCUUACACCAACAUGGACGGAUCUCACAGCAACCUCAAAAUCCAAUUCGACAGAGUUUCCAGCAGCGCGCCGACUGCCCAACGCUUUCUGGGACUCCAUCGGCAAUCGCAUGAUCGUGGCACGGCUGCAAGUCUAUGGAGGCAUCUCUGGUGCUGUCUUUGGUACCUUUACGAUGCAUGAAGAUCUUUGGGCAUACAGCCGUAGCUUCAACAGGUGGCACAAGAUCGUGCAAAACGAUCCCCUUCCUCCCGCCCGCUGGGCUGCACAGGUCGCUUGGACAGGAGCUGGAUUGCUCGUGUUCGGCGGACUGACCAAUUAUUCUAGCACUCGUGACGGCUGGUGGGAGUUCAGCAUCGCCAGCGGAACGUGGCAGGAGAUCUGGCCGAGAGAUCCUGGUCUUGACGCCGCUGGUCUUUUUGCUGGUGGUGCAACAAACGGUGGGACAGCUACCUUUGAGCCGUGCAGGAAGGCCAUGUUGAUUCAUGGUGGGGGCACCUUCUCGUUCUUCACUGCAGUUUCUCUGGGCACUGUCGAGUUCCGAUUGGGCGUAGACGCCUAG